AUGUCCACCGACUACAACUAUGACGAACAGGGACAAUUUUUCCCGUACUUCGUCACCACCAUCACCGGCCUGGUUACGAUUCCAGUAACCAUUUCGCUGCUCACCCGCAGCAAGGAUCUCGAGAACACCGCUCCGAGAAUAAAGUCCGAUUUUUCUCCCGAACAUGGCGACCUCAUCGAUGGUCAGCGCAAGAAGCUGCGCCGGCAGGAGCGCAAGCUGGGCAAGUUUCUCUUUGCCUUGAGUGGCUGGGUUGUUAUGGCAUGGAUGGUCUACCUCAUGGUUGUGACUACGAGGACCAUACCCAAGAUCUGGGAUCCUUAUGAUGUCUUGGGUGUCGCCAGGUCUGCGAGCGAGAAGCAGAUCAAGUCCCACUACCGCAAGCUUUCCCUGACUCACCACCCUGACAAGCUGCAACCCGACCCCGCGAAAAACUUGACCACUGAAGCCAUUAACGACGCGUGGGUCGAGUACACGAAGGCUUUCAAGGCGCUUACCGACGAAGAGGUCCGCAACAACUAUCUGCAAUAUGGUCACCCAGACGGCAAGCAGAGCUUCAGCAUCGGCAUUGCCCUCCCGAAAUGGAUUGUCACCGAGGGCCACGGCAGAUAUGUUCUCCUUGGCUACGGAAUCGUCCUGGGUGUCGUGCUUCCUUACCUGGUGGGCAAGUGGUGGUAUGGCACCCAGCGCGUCACUAAGGAGAAGGUUCUGGUGUCCAGUGCAGGCAACAUCUUCAAAGAGUACAAGCCGGACAUCAGCGAAGGCGGUGUUCUUGCUGCUCUCAGCACCGGAACCGAAUUUGAAGAGGCGCUCAAGGGUCAUAAGGCUGAGGCUGGUCUUUCCAAGGUUGAAUCCAAGCUCUUCCAGGAGGGUGAGCUGUCGCCUCUUGCCGGGGGACUUACUGUCAAGGACCGCCAGACUCUGGAAGAAAAUGAUGAGGGCGCGCGCAGGAAAGCGCUGGCCUUGUUGUGGGCUUACCUUGGACGUGUGGAGCUCGAUGACCAAACACUCAACGCAGAGAAGUUCGAGAUGGCCCCCAUCGCCCACAAGCUCAAUGACGCUUUCUUCGCUAUUGCCCUUGCCUACGGAAACAGCAUCCCCCUCUUGUCUUCAUACCAGACGUCGCAAAAUAUCCUCCAGGCCAUGCCUCCCAAAUCUCCGCCGCUUCUCCAGCUCCCUGGCUUCACACCGGCCGUCAUUCGCGCAGUCGAGGGUGAAAAUGCAAGGACCCACUUGAGCGUUAAGGAAUAUAUGAACUUGCCGGUGGAUGAGAGGCGCAAGCGCGCAGUCGGUCCUGGUCUGCUGUCGGAAAGCGAAUUUGUCACCGCUGAGACCGUUGCUAGUCAGCUCCCGCAGCUGCAAAUUGAGAAGGCAUUCUUCAAGGUCAUGGGCGAGAAGGUCAUCAUCCCUAGCAGCUUGGUCCAAUUCGUUGUCAAGGCGCGCAUCAUUCCUCCCGGGUCCAAGAAUGUUCCUCCGGUCAGCUCGAAGGACCUCGAAGACAUCGAUCCCAAGGAAGGCGAUUUGGACGCUCUCCACGGCCGCAAGACGGGCGCCGAGGCUGAAGAGGCCAAGAAAGCCGAGCUUGCUGGACAGCCCCCGCUCGCGUACGCCCCGUACUUUGCCAGGGAUCACUCGCCGAGAUGGCACGUUUUCCUGGCCGACGGCAAGCAAAACAAAAUCGCGGUUCCCCCGUUCACCUUCACCAAGUUCGACAAGCCGUUGUUCGACGAGCAGGGCAACCCCACCUACAACGUCCAGACGCUGAAGAUGCAGUUCGGCGCCCCUCCCCAACCCGGCCAGUACAAGUUCACCAUGCACCUCGUGUGUGACAGCUACGUCGGCAUGGAUACCAAGAUGGAUGUCAUCCUGUCGGUCGACCACCCUUCAAAGGCGGUGGAGAUUGAGGAGGAAGAGGAGAUCAGCGAGCCGGACGAGGGUAAGCGGAAGCGCUCCAACAAGAAGGCGAUGACGGAUGAUUGGCAGAAGGCUGACAAGCAAACAGACACGAUCGCAGGACAGAUGGCGGCGAUGAAGGGCGGAGAGACGAAGCAGCCCAAGCAAGCCAAGCGCCAGGUCGAGGAGUCCAGCGGCAGCGACACGGAAGGAGACGAGGAGUCGGAUACCAGCGCGACCGACACGGACACGGACACAGACGACGAGUAG